CAACAGGCGACUGGAAUUUAACACGAGGAUGUUUAAUGGCUUAAUGUUGAAAUAAGAGUGUUUUUAUUCGUUAUUUACUUUCAACGGAAACACUAAAGUUUUUUAAAGCCUUAUCGGACGAGAUUAACCAGAAUGGGUGACUUGUCGGGUUUGGGUUUGUCAGACUGGCUGGUUAAACAGUGUAAACAGCUGGGAAUCAACAAACCCACUCCCGUCCAGGAGAACUGUGUCCCAGCCAUCCUCGCAGGUCGGGACUGUAUGGGCUGCGCCAAGACUGGAAGUGGAAAGACGGCAGCGUUUGUGUUACCGGUGUUGCAGAAACUCUCAGAGGACCCAUAUGGUAUCUUCUGCUUGGUCCUUACUCCUACCAGGGAGCUGGCGUAUCAGAUCGCAGAGCAGUUCAGAGUACUUGGGAAGCCGCUGGGCCUUAAAGAUUGCAUCAUAGUCGGUGGAAUGGACAUGGUGAGUCAGGCCUUGGAGCUGUCCAACAAGCCUCAUGUGGUGGUAGCAACACCGGGACGGCUGGCUGAUCACAUCCGCAGCUCCAACACCUUCAGCAUGAGCAAGAUCCAGUUCCUGAUUAUGGAUGAGGCCGACCGGCUGCUGGAACAGGGUUGCACCGACUUCACCAAAGACCUGGAGGUGAUCCUGGGGGUCUUACCGGCCAAACGGCAGACGCUGCUGUUCAGCGCCACCUUGACGGACACCCUGCAGCAGCUGAAGGGCAUCGCCAUGAACAAGCCUUUCUUCUGGGAGAGCACAUCGGAAACGCGUACGGUGGAGGAGUUGGACCAGAGAUACAUCCUCACGCCAGAGAAGGUGAAGGACGCUUACCUGGUUCACCUGAUUCAGACCUUCACUGAUGAGCACGACGACUGGUCCAUCAUCAUCUUUACCAACACAUGCAAGAACUGCCAGAUUUUAACCAUGAUGCUGCGGGAGUUUAGGUUUCCAACAAUCUCCCUGCACUCCAUGAUGAAACAGAAACAACGCUUUGCCAACCUUGCCAAGUUCAAAGCCAGCGUCUAUAAAAUCCUAAUUGCAACAGAUGUAGCGGCUCGGGGUUUGGAUAUUCCAACUGUCCAGGUGGUCAUGAACCACAACACCCCCGGCCUUCCCAAGACGUACAUCCACAGGGUCGGGCGGACGGCAAGAGCAGGGAGGAACGGAGUGUCCGUCUCUCUGGUGACGCAGUACGACAUCCACCGUGUUCAUGCCAUUGAAGAACAGACAAAGACGAAGCUGCAAGAAUAUCCUGUGAAGGAGGAGGAGGUCUUGAAGAUCCUCACGCAGGUCAACGUGACUCGACGGGAGUGUGAAAUAAGACUCGAAUCAACAGACUUUGACGAGAAAAAAGAGAUAAACAAGAGGAAACAGCUUAUCCUGGAGGGGAAGGAUCCAGAACUUGAAGCCAAGAGGAAGGCGGAGCUGGAGAAGAUCAAGAGCCAGAAGAGGAAAUUCAAACAGAAAAUCCAGGAGAACAUUCAGAGGCAGAAACACGGACAGGGGAAAAAACAGCUCAAAAAGAAAAAUGCUGACAUGGAAACAUUGUGAAAACUCUAGUUCAGAUACUGCAAGUUUUGUUCCUGUAAAAUAUUUGAUGAUUGUUGCACAAAUAAAUUUCAUAUGUUAAAAUAG